GUUGACCUGGCGAGCCUGGGCUGGUCUAGUGAGCUAUUCACUGAUCUGUACUUCUUCCCCGCUGAGAGGAGGAGAAGGAGAAGGAGAAGGAGAAGAAGAAGGAGUGAACGAAUCCUCCAUUUCGUUCUCCGUUGUUAGGGUCUCUUGGGUUUCUUCUUCUUGGAUGGCGAAUUCGAUGGAUCAGUGAGUUCUGGUUCAGAGCUUGGAGAGGGAAAUGACGCUGAAGGACACCUUCCAGGAGGUGGCCAGCUCGAAGCCGCUGUUCUUGACGAUAUACACGACUGUCAUCGUCGGCAUCGUCGUCUCCUCCUUCUACGUCUUCUCCGCCGUCUACUCUGCCGAGGACUCCUCCCCUAACUCCACCACCUGGGUCUCCUCUCCUCCUUCUCUCUCCCAUGCAGACUUUCAUCAGGUAUCCAAUUCUUCACCACUUGCAACAGCGGUUGCCGUUCCACCUCCUUUGGGGCGACCCGUUAGACCCAUAUGGGGGGUUCCUCCGCGAAAUAAGAAAAUGCCUCCCUUGAAGACAUUCCGCUUGACCAAAGAAUUGGUUCAGGAAAGGGCUGUAGAUAACGUCAUUAUAGUGACUUUUGGUAACUUUGCUUUCAUGGAUUUCAUCCUCACUUGGGUGAAACACUUGACAGACUUGGGUGUUUACAAUCUUCUUGUUGGUGCAAUGGACACAAAGCUUUUGGAGGCUUUGUAUUGGAAAGGCGUUCCAGCUUUUGACAUGGAAAGCCACAUGAGCACGGUAGAUGUCGGCUGGGGUUCACCAACAUUUCACAAAAUGGGGAGAGAAAAAGUUCUUCUCAUAGAUGCGAUCCUACCUUUUGGUGUUGAAUUAUUGAUGUGCGAUACCGAUAUGGUUUGGCUAAAGAAUCCCCUUCCAUAUCUUGCUCGAUACCCUGAAGCUGAUGUGUUAACUUCAAGUGAUCAAGUUGUUCCAACAGUCAUUGAUGAUAGUUUGGAUAUCUGGCAACAAGUGGGUGCUGCUUACAACAUUGGAAUUUUUCACUGGCGUCCAACGGAGUCAGCAAAAAAGCUGGCUAGAGAAUGGAAAGAAAUGCUUUUGGCUGAUGAAAAGAUAUGGGAUCAAAAUGGAUUCAAUGAUAUAGUUCGUAAGCAAUUAGGACCUUCUGUUGAUGAGGACAGUGGAUUGGUUUAUGCUUUUGAUGGUAAUCUUAAGCUAGGAAUAUUGCCUGCAAGCAUCUUUUGCAGCGGCCACACCUAUUUUGUCCAGGCCAUGUAUCAACAACUAAGACUAGAGCCUUAUGCUGUGCAUACCACCUUCCAGUAUGCUGGCACUGAAGGGAAGCGUCACCGUCUGCGUGAAGGCAUGGUAUUUUAUGAUCCUCCGGAAUAUUUUGAUGUACCAGGUGGUUUCUUGUCGUUCAAGCCUUCCAUUCCAAAGAGUUUGUUAUUUGACGGGGAGCACAAUAUUCAGUCCCAUUUCACUCUGAUAAACUACCAAAUGAAGCAAAUAAGGACAGCUUUAGCUAUUGCUACGGUCUUAGACCGAACGCUGGUUAUGCCUCCUCUAUGGUGCAGAAUGGACCGACUAUGGUUCCCUCAUCCUGGUGUUCUUGAGGGUUCUUUAACUAGGCAACCUUUCCUUUGCCCUCUUGACCAUGUAUUUGAGAUCAACAUAAUGUUGAAAGAACUACCAGAGGAUGAAUUUGGCCCGCGGAUUGGUAUUAGAGAGUACUCUUUCCUUGACAAUCCACUGAUGCCCAAACAGGUGAAAGAUUCCUGGCUCGAUGUUCAAUUAUGUCAAGUAGGAAGCAAAGAUUGUCAAUUAUCAAACAGCACAAAUUCCAAAGGAGUUCUCAGACUUCCAAAACAUAGCAAUGAAGAGACGUUGAAGGGGGUGUUCUCUAAUUUCAAAGACAUCAGAGUGAUUCAGUUCUCCUCGAUGCAAGAUGCUUUCUUGGGUUUCACAGACCAGGCUAGGGAAGAUAGAUUCAGAAACCGAAUGAAGCGUUAUGUGGGGAUAUGGUGCUGCACAGCAGAUCACGAUCCGGGGCACAUAUACUACGAUAUGUAUUGGGACGAGAAACCCAAUUGGAAACCCGUUCCCCCGCAAACUGCAGAAGAAGAUCACCCUCCUUUGUGAGAGCCUCUUACCACGGUAAGAAAAUCCAUUGCCCUGCUUAGAAAAGAAGAUACACCUAGUUGGGGACUAUCGGGUUCCAUUCAGGCGAUCUAUAUGCACAUACAUAGAAGAAAGGAAUGAAAUAUAACUGUAUCCUCAGGAAUAGUUCAUUCAGCUUCUUAAGAGACAAGGUACGCAGUUUUCCCUUUUAUUAUUUUUAUCCUUUCCUUUGUAUGUGUAGGAGAAAGAGGUUCACUUGUAAUCAGUCCCAAUAUUAUUAUUGCUCGCACUCGAAGAAACUCAAUGUGAAUUGUGAACUGGGACGAAAGAUAAUAAACUUGCUGAUCUAUUCAAAUUC